UCAAGGGGGCCGAAUACUUUCGCAAGGCACUGUAUAUAUAUAUAUAUAUAUAUAUAUGUGUCUGAGUGCACUCUACAGCAGUGUUCUCUUAAUAAAGUUGUUGGUAACGGGCUAGUAAAUGUCAAACUGAGAGAUGUAAGGGAGGAGAGAGAGACAAGGCCAGAUGUUGCUGUGUCAAACCGAGAGCUGUGUUCGAGGUCUGGGCCCGCUUCUCUGUGGUGGAUUGUUCUCUGUCUGUCUGUGUGUGUGUGUGUUCAUGUCAUUUUUUUCCAGGAUCGCAAUGACGAGGUGUGUGAGAGAUCAGAGGGCUCUCUCUCCCCCUACCUCCCUCACCUCCCUCUCUCUGUUUCUGUCUCUCUCCUUUUCUCAUUCAGACACACACAGAGGUGAGAUCAGGGGUUUUGAGAGAGCGACAGCGGGCCCAUAACCGCUCCUACGAAACUCCCUCCCACACGUACGUACGUACGUACAGACAGACACAGACCACACACACACACACAUGUAGCAGAGCUGUGCCGUGAUCACGCUGAAAGGAUGAAUGGUUGAGUCUGAGAACCAGUUACUACCUGGAUCGGCUGCUGACACACAGAACACACCCAGAGAGACCAGAGACUACCCUAUGGCUGAGAGAACACCCCUCCAACCUCCAACUCCCCAGCCUUACCAGGACCCAUGCUUCCAGCAUCACACCCACCUCUCCCACCACUUCCACCCCAGUAUCGGGAGCCCCAGUCUGGACCAGACAUCUUGCCACCACCCACUGGAGCUCCAGAUUCCCCUGGAGCAAUAUGAGGGAACUGGAAUAGAGGCAGCACCCAGGACCCCUCUCCCCGAUUCAAGCGGUCGGGGUAGUGGAAGAAGAGGUUAUGUAGGCAUUCAUGGACAUAGCAGAGGUGAUAACUGCAGUGAUGUUGAUGGUAGAGAUGGUUAUUUUGGAGCGCAGAAAGCUAGCUACUGUAACAGGGGGGUUUUGGAUGCCAGUGUAGGUCAAGGGGAUGAUUUCGGCAGCCAUUUUGAAAGUCAGAACCCUGCCUACGCUAGCCAGAGGGAUGAGGGCUGCGAUGGCGAUGACAGCAGCGCCAGCGGUAGUGGUGUUGAUAUUUACCACAGAAUAGAUGAGGGCUGUAAAAAGGAUGAUGUCUUUUACAGAGCGGAUGAAGUCUGUAACAGUAGUAGGGAUGAUGUUUUCUACAGCAACAGUAGAGAUUAUGGGUGUGAGGAGCAAACGGACGAGGGGUCUAACACUAGAGAUAAGGUCUUUUACAGAAUGGAUGAUAACAGGAAUGAUGUCUUUCAAAGAACGGAUGAAGUCUGUCGUAACAGGGAUGACGUGGUCUACAGCAGAGAUUAUGUGUGUGAAGAGAGGCGAGAUGGUAACAGUGGUUAUAGAGACACCACUACCGGUAGCCAUGAUGGUGGAAACAACAGAGUUGAUCAUCUCUAUAAUGGUAGCGAUAUCUUUGACGAUAAAGGAAAGAGGGAUAGUUUGAGAAGGGUUGAUGAUUUCGGAGGAGACCGUGAUGAUUUUGGGGAUAAAAGGUCCAACCUGGAUCCUCCAGAGGCCCAGUUCAAGCCUGGGUUUUGGGUGAGUCCCUCUCCCCCAGAUCAGUGUUCUGUGGCUUGGGAAGGCAGUGAGAAGGGUGGGGGGUACCCCAAGGAUUGGGCAUCUCUGUACUCCUAUUCCCAGGCAGCAAGUGGCCCUAGUGGUGGUGGCGUUGGGGUGUACCGGCAAAAACUGGACUCCUUUUCAGAGGCGUUCUUCGUCAGACGCAACGUCGCCGGCAACAGAAUUCCGAAUGGGAAUUCCGGAAGCGGAGUUUUAGGAUUCGAAGCCGGAGGAGGAAGCACAGGAUGGAUCAAAGCGAGUGCUUACAAUUCGCUCACAGACUCUUCCACUCUCCCUCCUCCUCCUCCUCCUCACCCCUUCCCUCUGCUCCUUAGCCCUCCUCCAUCCCCUAUCCCCACACCCAAACUCACCACGACCCCUUCUUUCGGGACAGUUGAACUAACCCAGACCCCAGGGGAGGAUUGUAGUGGAACAGUCCAGGGUUACCCCUCCCCUCACCAGCCGCUCCACACUUCCCACCCCUCCACCGUCAUGUGGAAGCUCCCACCCUGUCAUUGGCUGCAGCAGUCAGGUGACGUGGGUGUCGUCGACGGCAACCCCUCAAGCGCUGGCCAUGUCUACUGCCAGGAGACAGUGUUCACUCAGAGACAUGUUCACCAGGACAAUGAGAAUAAUACAGGUCACUAUAGUCUUCAAACUCCGGUACAAUCAAACGUCGUCUCUGCCUCACCCCUUCACCUAUCCUCUCUUCCAUCCCAGCCCCCCAGUGGACUGCCACAGCAUGGAGCAGCACCCCUAGUGGUGUUUAGAGGUAUUCCCUUCCUUAGUCCGCUCCAGUCUCGUAGAGGAGGAGGAGGAGGGCAGAGGGGAGUGGAGCGGAUUGGGAGAGGGCUCCACUACACCCCUCGACCUAUGCUGAAUCCCCAACGCAGGGGAACGGGGCUCCUCUCCUCCCUCAUCCCACCUUCAGCUGGGGAACGAGGGAUGGGAAGGAUGACUAAAGAGGAGAAGGGAUCUUUUUUACUUCCGUGUAUCAACGUGGGUCGAGGGUUCCAGGCUGAGCUGCCAUGUUGUCGAGAGAGGGAGGAGGGGUCAGGGGCAUGGCCAGAAGAAUCAUCAUCCAAUGAGAAGUUGCUCUGGAAACCGUGGGAGGAGCUUCAGAGGAGUUCUGUAAUUCAGGAAGAAGUGGAGGCGGUGUUGUCUUUGUGUAAUUCUAGCUGUCUACCAGGAGGGGGCAGCAACACAGAGCUGGCUCUACACUGUCUCUACCUCUGUCAUGGAGAUGCACUGGCCACGUUGGAGAGAUUGUUCUUCUCGAACCCAUCAACAGCAGUAGACUACCAUUACGCUGGUAGUGAUGUGUGGCAGCAGACUGAGAGGUCUCUGUUCAGUAAAGCGUUGAGGACCCACGGCAAAGACUUCUCUCUCAUCCAACAAAUGGUGCAGACUAAGUGUGUGUCUCAGUGUGUGGAGUUCUACUAUCUCUCGAGGAAACUUCUGGACAAACAGAAAAAACAGAGGGAGCAGGAACGAGGGACGGAGGAACAGACGAGUGUGGUGUCCCUCCCUAAACCUAUGGAACAGGUGGUACCAGCCCCGUCAUUGGCUACCAGCUUCCCCUGUAAGCAGUGUGGAAAGAUGUUCUAUAAGAUAAAGAGUCGUAACGCCCAUAUGAAGAUCCAUAGGCAGCAGCAGGACGACUGGAGACACCCCCCAGGCCUCGUCAUCAACCUAGCCCAGAACGUCACCCCCAACCUGGGAACCAAUCUACCCCAGCUCCAGGCUUCAGGUCGGGCCUACCUCCCAGGCCCCAUCAACAACAACAACAGCAACCACCACACUGGUGGUGCUCACACCAUCAUCAUCAACAACAACAACAUCAGUGAUCCAAACAUUCCAAACACCAAUACCAUGACCAAUAGCAACAGUGUCAGUGUCAUCGACUCCACCCCUAAUCAGAGAGGACACGCCCCCCUCCUCUCUGUCCAGCAAUCGUGGGACUUGUUUCAGUUGAACUCUAAUCCUGCUGCAGGGUUCUACUAUGACCCGGAAGUGAAAGGAGCCCUGGGGGUCACGGUGGGAGGGGUGAAAGGUCAAGUUCUCUGGCAGUAGAGUUUUGGAAUCAGAAUGAAUAGAACUGACAUGUAUAGGACUACAUUCACAUUUUGCACCAUGAAAAGCAUUUAAAAUAUAUAAAUAUAGUGAGAAAUCUGUAAAUUAUGUUUAAUACCUACUUAAAUGUUUUCAAUUUCAAUUUUUAUUAAAAUUGAUUUUUGUAUCUCU